AUGAAUUCUACUUUGGAUUAUCUGAUCUCAUACAACGAUUCCUUAAAUGAAAGCCAAACAUUCGAAAACCAGUCAGCCAAGAGCCGGGACAUAGCUGACUUGGUGUUAAACAAUUACAUUGGGCCAAUAUUAUGUGUGUUUGGAAUAUGUGGAAACAUUUUAAAUCUUAUUAUUUUAUUCAAAGGACAUUUGAACGAGUCUCCUUACUUAUAUCUCAAAAUACUUGCGAUGACUGACAUGUGCGCGCUGCUAUUGUCUUUUAUCCACAUGUCAAUAUCAGGGAAGUCUACAUCACAUGACUGGCAGGUGUUUAAUGCCUAUAUAUUCUUCCCACUUGUUAAUUUCUUUAUGGCAGCAAGUGUAUUACUAACUGUAGGAGUGACAAUUGAUAGAUUUAUUUUUGUAAAGGCCCCGCUAUGGGCAAGGUCGUAUUGCAGUAUUCAUCGAGCUAAAACCCGUAUUGUUCUGAUACUUUUAUUUACUAUAUUAGUAUCCGUGCCAAGAUUCUUUUGUUACUUUGUUGUUAAAGAAGACAAUAUGUACACAAUGAAAAAGACAACAUUUCGAUCUCAGUCUGUGUAUUAUCAGAUUUAUGAUUUUACGUGUAUAGCACUUUUUCAUGUUUCGCCAUUGUUGAUAUUGAUGUUCUGUAACGCGUAUUUGAUAUGUGCUGUUCAUAACGCCAAGUCAGUCCGUCAAGAACUUGAGAUUAGAAAUAAUAAGGAAAAAGACUGGCAGAAAGAUCAACGUCGAUUUACAAUUACUCUUAUCAGUAUCGUGUUACUAUCAAUAAUAGCCAUUUUGCCGUCAACAGUUGGUGAUUUCGCACAGUAUUUUCAGAUAUCCAAUGAAAAUUACCGGAAGCUACGUUUAUCUGGUAAUAUUCUUCUACUUUGUAACCUCUCAAUGAACUUUCUCUUAUAUUGUGCUUUUAAUAAGCGUUUUGUUCGUGUGAUGAAAUUGUUAUUCUGUGGAAACAAUCCUAAAUCCUGGUCACCAAUAAGAAUGUCAAGGUCGGUAAAGUUUUCUACAGUUGACACAGGUGCAUCAGAAUUAUAA